UAUAUAUUUAUUUUGACUCUAGUCUGUGUUGUAACUUGUAACUCGAAAGCUCCCUUCCUCUCUUACAAGGGAGUUUCUCACUCCCUUUGUUUACAGUCGUUCUUAAAACGAUGCCGGGAGUUCGCACCGUUAAAGUCUCCCGUGUCCAUCUCGCUGCGGACUCUAAUUCUGCGUCCGAAACGAUCACGCCGCUCUCCUUCUUCGAUAUGCGUUGGAUCUCGUUCCAGCCCGUCCAAAAUCUCCUGCUCUACCCCGAUGCUCACCUCUCUCCUUCCUCUUUCCACUCUUACAAAUCAUCUCUCUCGAAAACACUCACUUUAUUCCGCCCGCUCGCCGGUAAGCUCGCCUACCGCCCCGCGUUGGACGAUGUCGUCAUCGACUGCUCCUUCGACGACGGUGUCGCGUUCGUCGAGGCCCUGUCGGACAUCGACGUGCGCCGCAUCGCCGAAGACGACACACACGAUACCGGGGCGUUUCUGAAUCUCGUGCCGGAGAUCGCGGCGGAUGAGAUGCCGGUGCCGGUGUUGGCGGUGCAGGUCACGGCGUUCGUCGGGGGCGGGGCGGCGGUGGGGGUGGCGAUCCACCACGCGGCGGUGGACGGCCGGGCGUUCUGGCGGUUCGUGGAGGCGUGGGCCGCGGAGUGCCGUGCGGACUGUCGGGUUGUGCCGGGCCCUCUGCCGUCGCAUGACCGAGCGGUGAUCGCAGUCCCCGCAAAGGACGCGAUCGCGAAGAGGUAUUUGAGCUUCCUGGCGCCUAACCGACCCAAGUUGCCACCAACCUCAAACAAAUCCCUCCAAGAUCGCCUACGUCUCACGAGAAGAACCUUCACACUGAACGCAACGGCAAUUCAAUCUCUAAAACAACGAGCAAAGCUGCUACAACUACUACACGAGGAACGUACGAGUCCACUCUCAAGAACCCCUUCCACCUUCGAGGCCCUCGCCGCGCACUCCUGGAUCUCUCUCGCCCUCGCCAAGGGCCUUGCCCGCGAUCGCCCCGCAUUCCUCUUCUUCCUCGCCGACUGCCGUGCGCGCCUCAGCCCACCCGUCGACGCCAACUACACGGGCAAUUGCCUUCGUGGUGUCAAGGUCUGCUCCACCGAGUCAAACCUCACAGCCCCCGAUGGGCACGCGAGGGCUUGCGCGGCGAUCGCACGAGCGGUUCGUGCAGUGGAGCAGGAGCCGGUGCGAGGGAUCGAAAAAUGGCCCGAGGAGUUUGCGAGCUUACCUCCAGGAAUGAAGGUUAAUGUGGCGGGAUCACCACGGCAGGCAGGGUACGCGACAGACUUCGGAUGGGGGAGGCCGAGGAGGGUGGAGCUCGUGUCGAUGAACUUCGAUGGGGAGGUGGUGAUGUGCAAGGGGAGGGACGAGGGCACGGUGCAGGUAUCCGUCGCGAUUGCCGCGCAGCAGAUGGAGGCUUUUGCCGAAGUGUUCUCGAGAGGUCUGGAUACCGCCAAGCACUCCAAUAUUCGUGCAUUAGUAGGCAAAUUAUGAUGCAUCUAUUGAGACAUCAUAAUCUGUUGAAGCUACUGCAGAGUUUGCACGUAACAGAGUAUGGUUUGUUGGUCUUAAAAGUCUCUGUUCACGUAUCAUUUUAUAUAUAUAUAUAUAUAUAUAGAAUUAAGCUAGAAUACUUUUAAAAAUACUAAUCCCUUAGUGCUUCUAGGCUUCUAGCCCUUGGAUCUACUUCUUGUUUACUAAUA